CUCGUAUUUCCUUGCACAUGUCUCUUUGGUCCCCAGGGAGUUGCUUUGCUGGUGCCAGUUGACGGGCCACCAUUUAACCCAGUUUAUUACUUCAAGUUUAUUGAGGCACAGGGGAGGCAAACUUCAUUGGAAUCCCCUUAAAUCUGUUGCUGUUCUCUGUGAUGAUUCUCAGAGCAAUAUUACCUGUCCACACUCUCGUGCUACAAAGUCACCUUAGAAGAUAACUGAGAACAAUUAGAAUUCCUUCCAGGAGAGAUCCCAAAUCUCUGAAAACAAAUUCUUCACUAGUUGUCUGGGAACCCACAAUCUGCCAGAAUCCAAUUUCAUGGAUAGUUAUAGUGACUCCACAAGUGCCACUAGAGGAAUUUAAGGGGUUACACGUAGACAAGAGGAUAAACGAAAGGGGGGCAAAGGAUGACUGAGGCGUGACAAGCAGAGAUGAUAAGAGUCACGCACCAAGAACAGAGGUAGGACAGAACAAUGAGAAAGAAGCUAUGGUGAGGGAGAAGAACUGCUGGCAGGAGACAGGAUGCUGGAUCCACUGGCUUUACAUCCCGUUGGUCCUGUUCUAAGCACUCCCUUCUGUGCCCCGCAUUGCAGAUCACACACAGGCUGAAACUCCUGAGCUCAGUGAAAGCCUGGAGAGUCUCUAAAUGAAUUUCAGGCUAAGAGUACUCUUGAAACAAAGCAUUACCAUAGCAACAGCCAUCGCUGCUCCCUAGAUAAGGAGAGCAGGAGCACACAGCAGCAGCAGUGAAGAACGUUCCUGCUUCAGUGAGUGCUGACCCCGUAUCGCACCCAUCCCAGAGCCUUUCGCCGGUCGCUUCAAGAGAAUACAUUUUCAAUGAUGUCAACAGAGUAUGUGCAACCACUUGAUAUCCCAGAAGACAGAUUGGACAAGCGAGACUCACACUGCAACCAUUUAGAUGACCUUUCAGAACAUUUCAUUAAGAAUUGUGACCUAAAAAAGAAACCAAGAAAGGGUAAAAAUAGCCAGGCUUCCCAGAACAGUGAGCUGGAACAGAAAAAGCCAAGGAGAAAGGAUACACCUGCCUUACACACCCCACCACCUAUACCAGGCAUCCUCUCAGACUUUUCAGAACAUUUAAUUAAAAGGUGUGACAUCACCGAAAAACCACAGAAGGGUAAAGCGAGUUCAGUCUCUCAGCUCACUGAUCAGGAACAGAAAAAACCCAGGAGAAAAGAUACACCUGCAAUACACAUCCCACCCCUUAUACCAGACUUCAUGAACUGCUUCGUUAUGAGAGGGCUUUCAACACAGAAAGAAAGAAAGAAAGAAAAAGAAAAUGGGUUGGUUUGACAGAACAACUUGGCAGGUUGGAGCGCACUGACAGCAAACAGUAGGCAACUGACUUAAAGGGAUUUGCUUGGCUUCAAGGCUGGGUUUCCCCGCACCCUGUUUAUGGAAUAUUUCAACCACCAUACU